UACAAAGUAAAAUUUAAAUCCAGCAUUAGAGUUCUGAACAUUCUGAAGGUUCUGAACCGCUUUCCAAAGAACUUUUCACUAGGAUAUUGAAUUGAUAGUAAUAGGUAAAUAAUUGGGUGGUGGUUAAAGGUAAGCUGUGGUUCUGACUGAACCCAAUAACAGAAACAUUCUAUAACCAACAGGAACACGGCACAGCAACCGUCGAUCGCGCAACUAUGGACCUCGUAAACUUGCUGGAGGUACUUGUGCGGAUACCAGAUUUACCGAUCAGGAACAUAUUGGACUGGUUGUUCUGGAUACCGGUUUUAAUAUUGGAGUGGCUGCGUCGAACAGCUAUAGCCAUCCAAGCCAGGAUGGCUGAGCGCAGAUUCCGGCGGCUGUCACGUGGCCCAUGCAUCAAGGGUGACCCGAUGCGGGCAUGGGAGGUUGCCCGGCUCAGCCCUGAGCAGUACGAGGACCUCUGGAACGCCGGCUUGGGGGAGGCCCUACGACGAUGGGAGUUCCCGGACGAGGAAGACGAAGAUUAG